ACGACGGUCCAAUAAACCAAGCUCUUUGAUUUGCUGCUGGACUUAAAAAGCUAAUAGUGUCGAGUUACUUAGCUGGUUCUGUUGAGGGCUUCCCAAGUUUAAAGUAAUAGCAGGUCCAUGUCCACCAACAGUGAAGGUCAACAAAUCUCCGAUGGCGCAGAAAUUUCAGAAACAGAGACAACCGCUCAUGCGACAGAUGAUAUAGUUUCGGCCGCACCAAAUAGGAUCCCAGAUCCGGUGGUUGGUAGUUCCCCAAACGAUAAGGAGGGUGACGUGGAUGAAGAUCAGCUGUUGGAACGUAUGCGCGGCGAUGCUGUUGGUGACACAAUGUACAGUCGGAAAUUUAUACUGCAAACACUGGUGAAGCUCAGCCAGCUGGAAGGUUCUUUAGGUCAGGAACUGGAAGACGAUUUAUGUAAAGUGUGGGACAUGUCUGUGUCGACAGAGGUUGUCUCGCUGCUGCUUGAAAACGAUGCCAUCGAAUUGUUCAUGUACGUCAUUGAAGGUAGUGAGGAUGUGCGCCUCUACGAGAUACUAGUCGGUUUGUUGGGCAAUAUGUGUAUGCAGGUUGAGUGUGUGGUGCAUUUGACGGCCCAUCCCGACUGGAUUGAGACGCUUCUGAAACUAAACACUUGCAUGGACAGGUGCAUGUUAAUACAAUUGAUGCACUUAUAUCAUCUAAUAAUGUCACAUGUGAAGACAGGCAAGGAACAGCUAGGAAUCGACUGGUACAAUUGCCUAGCCGCCUUCGAUAGUUCUGCUAAAAACUUUGGGUUCAUACUGCAACAGUCAGUGAGUGUUGAGCUGCUUAGAGAUGCUCUAAAGGCCGUCAAUGCAGUCCUAGCCACAUGUGCGUUAGUAGAGGAGGAAAACAUAGACUCCGGCGCCAAAUUGAAGCCAUUUGCAGAAGUGUUUCUCGUUCAGGAACUGUGUGAUGGCGUUAAUAAUGCCUUUCUUCGAUUGAUGCAAGGCGAUCCGGCAAAGCAAGCGGAGGAAAAUGUUAAUGGCAGGAGUAUUAAGGAAAUCGACGAUGAUACGGAUCACGACGCCGACGUGGGCUAUGAGUCGACACGUGAUACGAUAGUAAUAGAAACGUAUCUAAACAUAACCACAAUUUUAGUACAACUUCCUGAAGUUUUGGCUGUGGAUUCGUACGUUUUAAAGGUAAUGAGCUGCCUGACAUGCAUAUUAAAAUUUUUGCAACAGCCAAUGCAAUUAACUCCGUUGGGAGAACGUCAGGAAUAUCUGGAAGAUCUCACACAUAUUUGCAAUUGUCUUCAGUAUUUUUAUGAUAAGGACACAUUUCUCAAUUUACUUAAUGUCUGGUUGCAAAUGAAACUACACAUUGAAAAGUACAGUGAAUCAGUUGAGAACGAUUUUGAAGCAGUUGAGGAUGACCCGGUUGAUCAUUAUGUGGACAGUGCUUCAAAGCUUCUUCGAUUGUUGGCCAACAUGCUACUCAAGAUUAAAGAAGGCGAAAAUAUUGAAGUUAACGAACAAAAGGCGCAAUUGUUUCUUGGGGCACUGAAUUCUGAACAAGAUGCCGUUUUUAAAAAUGCGUAUACACGUAUGAAAAGCUUGUUUGACAAAACGACUGAAUCACCGAAAUGAUAUUGCUAAUGAUUAUAAUUAUAAAAAGUAUUUAUCCGUAAUAUAUUUAUUAGUCGGUUA